AUGGAUUUAGAAGUAAUAAAUUCCUUUGUUGAUUAUAAAUAUAGUUCGAAAUUCACACAGCAGCAGCAGCAGCAACAACAACAGCAACAGCAAACUCAAUAUGAUAGAGAGUCUGGAAUUGGUUUUACACAAAAUAAUAAUAAUGAUAGUAAUUACAGACCAAUGUUGCCAAGAGAAGUUUGGAUUCUCAUUCUCGGAUACUUGACGGAAGCCGACUUGUCUAACAUAUCGUAUGUCGAUGUUUUCCUCUAUAAUUUGUCGCAAGACAAUUUUUUGUGGAAACCACUUUAUUUGAAAAAAUGGAAUGUCGUUACGCUACCGCAUCGAAAUCGUUUGAUGGUCGAUCCCACCGACUACAACUGCAUGUCGAUUCGCGCCAAUUGUUUGUCGAGCCAGCCGACUUCCUAUCGUGUUAAUAUUGUAUUCCGCUACUUUUAUCGUGAUUGGAUAUCAAAGCAAAACGAUGAGGUUGCCAUUCGUCCCAUCAAUCUACACAUCAAGGGAUCGGCAUGGUGGAAGAAACUCUUGCUUGGUGGCGCAGACAUCAACAACAUCACCAUUGUCAAUCUAACAAUAAUGAUGGCACGUGGUUGGAUGUCUGUAUUCUUCAAUGGAUUACAACAAAAUGAUAAUUUUGAAUCGAUUCAUAUUGAUCCUAUAAAUAAUAAUGAUAAUGAUAAUAAUAUUAAUAACAAUAAUAAUAAUAAUUUCACAAGUAAUUCAAUUAAAUUACUUGAGAAUAGAUUAAUGGACUCUAUUGAUAUGUGCAAUAGAGAUGACGAUUACUCAUUGAUCUAUUCGUUUUUGAUAUCGUUACUUCACCUACAGGAAUAUCUGAUAUUUAAUGGCGAAGAAACACCUUCUUUUGUUGGUGUAGCAAACAACAACAACAACAACAACAAUAGUGCACGUACAGCAUCAACAAUCAAUAAUAACGAUAGAAUGUCGACAGCACAUUUCGCAUCCAAACCAGAUUUCGACGAAUCAGCAUUCGCAGUACCAAGUACUCUAACAAGAUGUCCACUUUGUAAUGUUGUCAACAGUUCUAAUCCAACUCUCUGUGACGAUCAGAUGAACAAAGUAGCAAAAAGAUGUUAUUCAUUUUUGCAUCCAUCAUUCUUAACAACAAGUGAACAACAACAAUAA